AUGCGUUUCACUGCUGCCAUCGCCACUUUCCUCGCCGGGCACGCCCUGGCCGGGCCCACGCUGCACAGCGCAGCUGUCCGCACCACCGCCAGCAGCGACCAAGACAUCAUCGCAGACGCGAUCCGCUUCGCCGCGGUGCAGCCCGAGGCCAGCUGCAGCAUCAUCGACUGCGCGUCCGUCAUCGGCGCUGCCGUCUGCAUCGCCGCGGACAUCUCGACCGACGAUAUUCCCGGGCUCGUUGACUGCGUGUCUAGCGGCGCUUCUGGUCUCUGCUCGUGCGCUGGCUGCGUCCCCGGCCUCGGCGACUUCCUGACCAACAACAACAUCUGCCCUUCUUCUUAG